AUGACGGUGGUUUAUUCGCUCUCUCGCUAUUUUAGUCGUCGUCAUCACCUCGCAGAGUUUGAGGCACGAAAUGUCGGGGAUCGGAUCCCGAGGCCAACCCCCAGGCCCGAAGGUGGCGGUGCCUCUGAGAUAGAAAUGGCGGAGAGGAGUUCUAAAGAUCGCCAGGACUCCUCAAAGGGUUUAAGCAGCUUUAUUGAGUCAGGGCUGUCUCUUUCUGUCGCUGUCUCCUUCUCUGUCUCUCUUUCUGUCUUAUAG